AUGGAUUGUUCCGUUUUGGAUAUGGAAGACAAGCCUUACAGUGUUGAUAGUUCAGACGAUAUCAAUAUUGAGGAAGAAGACGAGGAGCAUAUUGAAGAAAAUCACAGCUAUCCUCCAGACUUCCCAAUCGAAGCUUUGGUGAAGCUUGAGCGUCCGUCGCCACCUUUGCCGACGCCGCCGCAUACGCCCACCGACGACACGCCUCCCGCCGUUGUCAUAUCUCGACAUCAACCGGCUUGGACUCCUACACCUCAAACUUAUCCUACCUAUCCACGACCAGCGAUGCAAACGCCAUAUCCUUACGAGAAGGUCCCAGUCCCUAACUACUCGCACCCGAUGUCAGCUUACAUGCAAGCUCAAGUAGCAACGCUACCCCCUUCAGCUCCUUACCAUGCCAUGCUCGUCAAUCAGUGGAUCAGAAACGCUGCGCUGUAUCAUCAUUCGUUAAGAUACCCAGGGGCCAUGGCACAUAGAUUACCUGGAAGAAAUCCACCUCCAAUGCGAGCCCCCGGUGUUCCUGGUGCAAGACCAAAGAAGCAGUUCAUCUGUAAAUACUGCAACCGUCAAUUCACGAAGUCAUACAAUCUACUGAUACACGAGAGGACGCAUACGGAUGAGAGGCCUUAUUCCUGUGACAUUUGCGGGAAGGCUUUUAGAAGACAGGAUCAUCUUAGAGAUCAUAGGUAUAUUCACUCUAAAGAGAAACCCUUUAAAUGCACUGAAUGUGGAAAAGGAUUUUGCCAGUCGAGGACGCUAGCAGUACAUAAAAUUUUACAUAUGGAAGAAUCUCCACAUAAAUGUCCCGUCUGCAGCAAGAGUUUCAACCAAAGAUCUAACUUAAAGACGCAUUUACUAACGCACAGUGAAGCGAACAAGCACCAUUUAGAACACCUCGAGGGAUGCCAAGAAGUUUCGUCAACGAGUCAAGUUGCAGAAAGUCCCCUUCUAGACCUAUCACACAAGCCCUCUCCACCGCCAGUACAGCCUUACCAUCAACCACAUCCAGCCCAACCAAACUCACAGCAAUCACCUGUAGAAGGUCCCAAAAGACCACUAGGUUUUUCAAUAGAAGAUAUUAUGAAACGCUAA